AUGAAGUGGGGUGUCCGGGGAGUCUGCGCCGUGCUCUCCAGCUGCUUCCUACUCGCUUGCGCCCUCAGCGCUGCAGCCGUCGGCCUCAAGUGUUUCUCAUUGGGAUCAGAACUGAAGGGGGAGCCGUUCCGCCUGGGCACGGCCGCGGGCGCUUUCUACUCGGGGCUCAUACUCUCCGCGGGCCUCUCCCUGCUGGGCUCCGCCUUACUCUGUUGCAAGGAGGACGCAGCUGGCCAGAGGAAGCCGGGCAGCCAAAACUUUCUCCUUCUCGGCGUGCUGGUCUUUAUGUUGGGGGUGUUGAGCGCCUUCGCUGGGGCAGUCAUAGAUGGGGACACCGUGUCACUGGUGGAGAGGAAGUACUCCCACUACUGCUUGCAGCCCGGGUCCGGCGGCAGUGCCACAAAGUGCCAGAAACUCAAGGACUACCAGCGGGGCUUACUUAUCUCCACUAUAUUCAAUUCCCUGGAGUGUCUGCUGGGGCUCAUCAACCUGGUGCUGGUGAAGAACUAUAAGUCCUCCCGGCAGCGGCGCAGGAGGAGAUGCGGGAGGAGGCGCUUCCAGAGGCCCAGCCAGGGAUCCAUCUUCUCACACGAGGAGCAAGAGUUUUCCCCUGGUGACUUCCCCUUCCAGGCUGUGUCUUAUAUUAAUGUGGGGGUGUUUCACCUGUUUGAUGAGGCUGGUGUGGAGGUGAAUUGCGGGGGCCACCCUUCUUUGGAGCUGCCUGGUUACUCACCCAUGGACCCCGAGUUAAACCCAUCAUACCCCUAUUGCUACCCUUUACCCAAUGAACAGCCUCCCCCUUAUGAUGAAAUAUACCCUGCUACUGAGAUCUGCAGCAGUAGCACCACUACCACCUGACCCUCCACCACUUGACCCUCUUGGUCCUUGACAUGCACUGACAAUCAUUAAUCCCUGGAUAAAAUGGGACUUUGAUUUUAAAAGAAUUAAAAAAGGACUAUUUUCACACUGUAUCUACAUGGACCUGUUAAAGAAAAAACGCAAAUGCUGUUGCACAAAUGCUCAUAACCAAUUUUCUCUUAUAGGGGCUGAAAGGCCAAAUAUGCUGAGUGUGUGUGGUCCCAUGAGAUUGCACUGUUGAGGUCCAUUCUAUUUAUUUCAACAAGUGAAAGGGUUGAUCAGUAUUUUCCUUUACAUUAAUUUCUGUAAUGCCAGUGUACAUCUAAAAUAUUUGGUAUUCGUCAUUAUUGCCAUGGUUACGGUGUCUAGCUGCAAAAUGAAUAUGCCAGUAUAAAUAUGCUUUUUUUUAACAUCAUGUCUGAUGAGAUUACUCAUCUUGAUCAAAUCUCGAGAUUUUAUCAGUUAAUGCUUGUGAUAAAAUGUCAAUCCUCCUACUAUUUUAUUACUAUUAAUGAAUCAUCUAAUAAUGGUUUCUAGCUCAAGGAAGCAAACCAACUGCCACAGUGCUAUUGAUAUGCAAAGAAUGAGAAACCUGCACAAUGCUUUCUUGGCACUAAAAACCACAGAUUGGUACCAACUAUUUCAUUUCAGUACAGCCUACUAAGGGGUGGGAAAUUCUUAUGUUUACAGCAUUGGGAAUUAGAGCUUUUAUAUUUAAAAAAGAAAACAAAGAAUAUUUUUGUUGUUUUUAGGAUGUACACGAUAAAAGCUGCACUUCCAGAAGUUAACAUAAUGCUAUAUUCUUAGAAAUUGUUUUGUACACUUGAGGUGCCUCUUUACGCAAGAAUUUGUUUAGCAACAGAGUGAUUUGCAGUAUGCAUUAAUUUUGUUUUUCCAACCCCUUUUAGUUAAUUAAUAAAAUAAUACAUCAAUAGUAUAUGCUGUGUGUUACAAAUAAAAGGCCAGUAUAUGAGACACUUUAUGAACUGUUAAAUAUAGUAAUCAUUUUUUUGUAAUAUAAAUCAGAAAUAUUUUUAAUGCCAAUUGAUUUAAUGAGUAAAAUAAUGUUUUAUGUAGACACUUUAUUUUCAAAUAUACAACUUUCUAAGAAAUGAUCAUUUAGAUAUAUACUAUGACAUUAGAUUAGCAUCUGCUGAUACUAUUUAGAAGCAUAAUCUAUCUUCUACCUUAUUGCAUGACAAUUCCAUAUCUGCUUCACAUUUAAAUAUUACCAUCCUAUUAUUAAAUGAAUAUAGCCAUAAAAUGCACUUUGCAUGCUUUAAUUCACUAUUGAAAAUUACAAUUAUAAUCUUUUAUUUGAAUGCUGUAACCAUAUUUCUCUCUGUCUGAAAUGUCAAGACUAUUGCUACCAGUUCAAAUGCCUCAUGAUGCAUGUCAGCUGAACUGAUCAUCUCACCUUAUAAGAGAGUAAUAACGUUACAAUUCUGAAGUUGAAAACAAUGAAAUCAUUAACAGGCUUUAAAACUAUAUUCCACGUGAUAGCUCUUGGUUGUCUUAAAGGGACAUUAAAAAGUAUGAGAUUAUAAUCUAAAAUGUCUAAUUAUGUGUAGUACAGAAACUUUUCAAUAUACUCAGUGUUUGAAACCAAUUUGCCAGCUGGCUGGCAGUUUGUAGUAGCCAGGGGGCAUUAUGAAGUAGUCGGGUGGGGGCGCUCUAAUAUCUUCUAAUAUAUCAUUUUCUGCUAUCCAAAGUACAAAUUAAUGGCAUAAUUUAACAUAAAUGUAUUAAAUGAUGAUUUGUUCGAUAAAAAAUUUAUUUUUUUAAUAUUAGCGCAUUUUAGCUUAAAGGGAUAUGAAACUCACACAUUUUCUUUUGUGAUUCAAAAGUCCAUAAAUUCCAGUUUACUUCUAUUAUCAAAUUUUCUUUGUUCCCAUGAUAUUCCGUGCUGAAGAGAUACCUAGGUUGGCAUCUGGAGCACUACGUUGCAGGAAAUAGUUCUGUCAUCUAACACUCUUGCAGAUGGAUAACAAUAUUGCAAAACUGCUGUCAUAUAGUGCUCCAGAAAUGGGUCGGCUCCUAAGCAUUCACCCCUACUUUUAAACAAAAGAUAACAAGAGAAUGACGAAAAACUAAUAGAAGUAAAUGAGAAAGUUGUUUAAAAUCACAUCCUUCAUCUGAAUCAUGAAAGAAAAAGUUUGGGUUUCAUAUCUUUAAUAUUGGCCAAUAUUUUAGCUGGGUGGUCAGUAAAUUCAGCCAGGUUGCGCACCCACUAAAAAGGUCCUGGGGAGAACACUGUACUCACAUGAUUUAUUUUGUCCUUUUCUAUAAUUUAAUCUGUAAUUUCUUUCAAAUAAUGGGUACCACCAUCUUGGAACCUAGGUUAUACCCUUAACUAUCUUUUCUGCUGAUGACAAUAAAAGAGAGUGUGCAAACAAGAAUAUGUGGAAACCCUGUUAGAUAGUUACUUUAAAAUCCUAUAUUGCACACUCUUUUUUAUUACCUGUUUUAUAUUUGUCAGCAGAAGAGAUAGGUUAGAGGGAAACCUAGUUUCAAACAUGUAAGCACCCAUUAAUUUAUAGAAACCAAAGUACUUUAUAGAAACUAAUCCUUUACACUUAAAUCUUUAAUAUUCAAAAAUGAAUAUAAUUUUAAAAAAUACAUCUGCAUACUAUUCUCAAGCUAAUCUUUCAUUUGAAAACAUCACUAUAUAUAGCAUUUAUUUACUAUUUAGUACCCCUUCAAAGUGACCAGAGCUGAUAUGUUUUAUGGCUAUGUGAAAAUGGCUUUACUAUAUAGUAAUUAGGUAGUAGCUUUGAUAGUGGUAAACUAAUUUUACAAUUAAAACACCAAUUUCUAUAUUAUUUAAGUUAUUCACAUAAUCACAACUCUAGGGACAUAUAUGUAACAUCCAAAAAGAAUGCACAAAUUUACUUUACAAAGAAGACAGAAAAUGUUCUAUUUGUAUAUUUUUGUAAGAGGAACCUUAUCCAUAUUCACUUAUAAACAUUUAGUAAGCUAAGAAAUAGUAUUUGUCACAGAUUCUCUUUCAUAAUUCAUGCAGUAUGUACUACCUCUCUGAUCUUAAACUUUCAGAUUAAAUGCUGACAGUUAAGUUAAAGACCAGUGAUAUAAAGAGUCAUAUUCAACAUGAACGUGUGUUUGAAUGGUAAUUGUAAUAGUAAUUAAUUUUCAUUUGUUGAUGACUGAUAUCAGUGCUAAAACAAAAUCACAUAACUCGGGGUUAUUAAGUUAAAGUUAAGUUAAAGACCAGUAAUAUAAAGAGUCAUAUUCAACAUGAACGUGUGUUUGAAUUGUAAUAGUAAUUAAUUUUCAUUUGUUGAUGACUGAUAUCAGUGCUAAAACAAAAUCACAUGACUCGGGGUUAUUAAGAACUUACCUAAGAUACUUGUAAACUAAAUUGCACUUUAAUUUCACAUUUUAAAGCUUUUUGCUGUUUAAACAUUAUUCCUUUAUUAAUUAAUAUAUAUAUAUAUAUAUAUAUAUAUAUAUAUAUAUAUAUUUAUCUCUGGUGCACGAUAAACUGAAUAUGAGCAAUAAACAACCUGACCUGAUCUACACUCCUCUGUUUAAAUAUACAAUAUCCUUCCUCAUUAGAAGGCAACUAAAAGCCCAAUGUAUGAUUACUAUAGCUGUGGUAAUGAAACCAGAACUAUUUCCUCUUGUAGGGGAGAUAGGUAUAUAAAUAGUUUAAUUAUAUUUAUUGUAUAAAGAAGGUGAUUAUUGUAUCUCUGAAACAUCACAUGUAAUGAUAAUUAUUUUAACAGAAGAGUUAUCAGACAGUUUCUGUUGCUUAUAUAUGUUUAUAUACUGUACAAUUUAUUUUGCUAUAGAGUUCAGUUUGACAAUAAGGGGCAAACUUUAUUGAAAGCCAUCUGCAAAUUACAUAGUUAUUAUUCAUUGUAUGCAAAUCAUUCACUGCAAAUUGAUAGAUGAGUGUGCUUUAAAGGAAAAAAAGUUCCUAGUGUAACAGAAGAAGUGGUAAAUCCUGAGAAAUUAGAGAUGAUUUUUACUGAACUUUGCAGAAUGUUCAAUCUAAUUUAGAAUUGCAACAAGAGGAAACAAUAGUUUUGAAUUGUGUAGCAAGAGAUGAGUGCACUUAAAGGGACAGUCAACACCAGAAUUUUUGUUGUUUAAAAAGAUAGAUAAUCCCUUUAUUACCCAUUCCCCAGUUUUGCAUAGCCAACACUGUUAUAUUAAUAUACCUUUUACCUCUGUUAUUAACUUGUAUCUAAGCAUCUUCUGACAGCCCCUGAUCACAUGACAUUUUAUUUAUUAUCUAUUGACUUUCAUUUAGCCAAUUAGUGCAGUGUCUGCCACAAGCCACAGGCGUGCUCACAGUGUUAUCUAUAUGACUCACAUGAACUAGCUUUCCUCUGUUGUGAAAAGCAAAUAAAAAAACAUGUUAUAAGAGGUGGCCUUCAAGGGCUUAGAAAUGAUCAUAUAAGCCUUCCUAGGUUUAGCUUUCAACUAAGAAUCCCAAGAGAACCAAGCAAAAUUGGUGAUAAAAGUAAAUUGGAAAGUUGUUUAAAAUACAUGCCCUAUCUGAAUCAUGAAAGUUUAUUUUGGACUUGACUGUCCCUUUAAUGAGAACCAAACUACAAAUUGACUUACAUGUGGUCACACAUGGCUAAACUACAAACGAUGGUCACACAGGGGUGUCCCUACAUUCUAAACUCUGUCUAGCCCUCCAACAACCCUUUCACAAUCAGUGUAACAUUUUCAUAUGCCUUUGUGGAAAUGUUAGAUCAAUAAUGUGUAAAGUGUCAACAUCUAGUAUGGAGUGCUUUAGGUUCAAGUCCCAUAGAAAGGGUUUAGAUUAUUUUCUAUUUGAAAUAUUUAAACAAUUUAUUUAUGUUACUAAAGUUUCUAUGAAAUGUUAUAAAUAUUAUAAGAUUUUGAACUGUAAUAUAGAAGACCCAUAAAUCUGUGUCAAAAUAAAGUAUUAAGGUGUCCGCCUCUGAUCAGAAUUCAAGCUUACUAAAUUAUUUGUCAGAUAAUAUCACUCUAGCUUGAUACCACUAAAGGAAGAACAAAGCAGACUAAAUGGAAUGUAAGAUGAUUUGGCAGAAAAUCAAGUGGAUGGUUCCUGUUAAUGUUUACAUAUAAUUUAUUGACAUAAUAAAUACACCAUUUUGUUGUUCUUUUCAGAUA